AUUGGUGAUUCUGCAGCUUGGAGCAGUUGGUUGGUUAAAAUUUAGUUGCUUCUGGUUACUGCAGAGCUCUCCUAUUUUUUAAGAUAAUAAAAAAUGGGGUCCUCUGUUUUUCUUCUUGCUCUGUUUCUCUUCGUUUCAUCUCAUGUCUUCAACAAUGCCCUUGCGUAUCCUACCAAUGUGCAGCACCAUCGUCACCGUCGCUUUGCAUCACACAAUUACAGAGAUGCUCUCACCAAGUCCAUACUCUUUUUUGAAGGACAGAGGUCUGGGAAACUCCCUGCUAACCAGAGGGUUACUUGGAGAAGAGACUCUGGCCUCUCUGAUGGCGCGGAUAUGCAUGUUGAUUUAGUGGGAGGAUACUAUGAUGCAGGGGACAAUGUGAAGUUUGGGUACCCAAUGGCAUUCACCACCACUAUGCUCUCAUGGGGUGUCAUUGAGUUUGGUGGGAUCAUGAAAAGUGAGCUCCCAAAUGCAAAAGAAGCUGUUCGUUGGGCUACAGAUUAUCUCCUCAAAGCUACUGCUAAACCAGACACUAUCUUUGUUCAGGUAGGUGAUGCAAACAAGGACCAUGCUUGCUGGGAGAGACCUGAAGACAUGGACACUGCAAGAACUGUGUUGAAGAUAGACAAGAAUAACCCUGGCUCUGAAGUGGCUGCUGAAACUGCAGCUGCUCUUGCUGCUGCUUCUUUGGUCUUUAGAAAAACUGACCGUGCUUACUCCAGACUCCUUGUAGCCAGGGCCAAAAGGGUAUUUGCAUUUGCUGACAAAUACAGAGGCGCCUACAGCAAUGGGUUGAAAAGUUAUGUGUGCCCUUUUUACUGUGAUUAUUCAGGAUUCCAGGAUGACUUGUUGUGGGGUGCUGCUUGGUUGCAUAAAGCUACCAAGGAUCCAAGGUACCUAAGCUACAUUCAAGUAAAUGGACAGACCCUCGGUGCUAGUGAAGAUGACAAUACAUUUGGGUGGGAUAACAAGCAUGUUGGAGCCAGGAUCCUUCUUACCAAGGCAUUUCUUGUGGGAAAGGUUCAGUCCCUUCAUGACUACAAAGGCCAUGCAGACAAUUUCAUCUGUUCUCUCAUCCCUCAAUCCCAGUACACUCCAGGUGGGCUUUUUUUCAAGAUGGGUGAUGCUAACAUGCAGUAUGUUACAUCAACUUCUUUCCUUCUGGUUACAUAUGCCAAGUACUUAACUUCUUCGCACAAAGUGGUCACUUGUGGUGGAGCCAUGGUCACUCCCAAGAAACUCAGAGCCCUAGCCAAGCAACAAGUAGACUACAUCCUGGGAGACAAUCCCCUGAGAAUGUCCUACAUGGUGGGGUAUGGUCCGAGAUUCCCCCGGAGGAUCCACCACAGGGCAGCCUCCUUGCCGUCGGUCUCAUCGCACCCGGCCAAGCUCCAGUGCUCCCAAGGGUUUGAUUUCAUGAGAUCACAGUCACCUGAUCCUAAUAUCUUGGUUGGUGCUGUCAUCGGAGGGCCUAAUGAGCAUGACCAAUUCCCCGAUGAACGUUCGGAUUAUGAGCAAUCCGAACCAUCGACAUACACCAAUGCGCCCCUUGUGGGCACACUGGCUUAUCUUGCUCACUCUUUUGGCCAACUCUAAGGCCAAACUCCAGACUCUAUCUUUACAUAUUACAUAUAUCUAUCCAGUUCCCAACUUCCCAUCAUGAUGUGUUCGGGCUAGAGGAUCGAAUGGACUCGAGCCCUGGAACCUUUGCAGUAGUUAUAGAUUAAUCGAUUGUCUCUAUGUAUGUUCAUCAAGAAGUUACAAUAUUAUCAGACACUUCCUCCGCCAGGCUUGUAUGGAUUGUGAAGUUGAACUCCCUUGUAAAACGGUGUGGUUUCUAUAUAUGAACUUCUACUUAAGUGUG